AUGCCACCAGAGUAUCAGCAGCGGGACCACAGGUCUGCCUACGCCAUCCACCACCUCGACGCCGCUGCAGAAAACGCUGCGAAGCGCCGACGCCUGCUUCCCCAACCGCCGCCACGAAACUCCACUCCCACUGGAUGGCCACCGGUAUCACGAGAGUCGAGUUAUCCACCCAGCAGGGUCAGCACGCCGGCGUCUGUCUUUGCACGCUUGACUACCGACUGUGAUACUCCUUCUCCUAUUUCCACAGCGCCAUCUCCGGCAGUGGUCGAGCUCGGUGCAUAUGAUGACACGCGCAGACGACAGAGCACGCAGUGCUUGCAAGAGAACAAGGGCUGUGAUGGCCAAGAGCACAGUGAUAUCGAGGUGUGUUUCGGUAUGUUGACCGAUAUUGGUCUCAAUGUCCACAAGCCAGCCCAUAUACCACCGUUUGCUCCUAUCGAGACGGUUGGUACGAGCGUGCGCUUGUCGCAUACCGAUUGCGAAGUUGGCCUGGUCAGUGAGCGCGAUGCCUACGUUAUCAACACUUUACAAUCUGAAGCGCGUGUUACGUUGCAAAUGUUCGUCCAUUUUGUGACCGCCGACACACCCAAGCGAUCGGGUCGUAUGAACUCCCGCCCGUGCGUCUAUGUUAUACUAUAUGGCCGGCGAAGGUUGGGUGAAAGUUUGGGUGAAUUCUUGGAUGAGUGCAAGUUGUAUCUGCAAGAUCCCAUACGCUGUGCUUGGGACGUGGAAUAUGUCAAUGCUCAGAGCCUUUUUCAGAUCAGUGAUAAGCCGAUCACAACGUUUCAGCUGGAGAGGGAAAGCGAGGAUCAAUUCGAAGCCUACCAAAGCCCCGGCGACAUCCUAGCAGAUCUUGAGAAUGGCAGCGAUCUUCGAGAAACACCUACUCCGACGUCUCUUCGCACUCCUUUACACCCGCAUCAAAAGCAAGCCUUGACCUUCAUGCGCAAGAGGGAAAAGGGAUGGGCGUUCCACGAUCAAGAGUCCGAUGUUUGGCAUUGUCAACGUCAACAAGAUGGAGCAUUGGUGUACAUCAACAACAUCAGCGAGGAAAUAUCAGACGUCCGGCCUGCAGACUUUCGCGGGGGUAUCAUCGGGGACACUAUGGGGUUAGGAAAGUCUCUCAGUGCCAUCGCCCUCAUUGCUAGCGACAAGGACGACGCCGGGCUUCCUCGGAGUUCACAUCCCACCACGCUGGCGCACGUUGGAACCACAUUGUUGGUCGUCAAGGCGCCAUUGAUCAAGACCUGGGGGAAUCAAUUCGACCUGGAAGUGCCACCAGCAUGUCUGAAUGGUAUCAUCUGA